GGUGAGGAAAAAACACUUUUUAGUAUCUUUCGAGUCCGUCUGGGCGACAUCUUUUCAACGCGAGAAGUGGUAGCCUACGUAAACAAACGCGAAGGAGAUUAACCAAUUGCAGGAGUCUGUCGACCAGUAACUACAACGCCAUCAUGGCGGAUUACAGAGAGUCACCCUUUGCCUCUCGGCCAAAAACAUUAGAUCCUGCGGAAUAUUUUAAUCUUUCUCCAGAGUACCGACGUACUGAAGAAGAGAGGGCAGCUUUGAGAGCAAAUCUGAAGAGGCAAUAUCAGCUGCAGCUGAACAAUCCUCUCAGAAAAGAGCUUAUUGAAGACCCUGCUCUCACACGCUGGACAUAUGCAAGAACCAACGUUUAUCCGCACUUCAGACCCACAGCUAAAACUUCACUCUUGGGGGCACUGUUUGGAGUUGUACCCCUCUUCUUUUGGUUCGCUGUUUUUAAAACAGACAGGGACAAGAGGGAGGAACAGAUCAAAGCUGGAACCUAUGACCGAAAAUACAAGAUCUCAUACUGAUCCAAACUGCUGAGGUCCAGACGUGUCUCUUAAAUAUGUAUAAAGUCUAUUACUGUCAAAAUAAACUUGAAUAGUUGUA